GGGGCUCGGCCAGGACGUCCCGGCGCCUAUAAGAGCCGGAGCGCUGCGGCCGGAGCCUAUUGUUAGCCGGAGCCGGGGCGGUUCUGGGCGUCUGCUGCCGGGGCCGCCCGAGUUGCCGGAGCCGCCCGCCCCACGCCGCCUGCCGGCCGUCCUGCACACCCAUCCUCCCUCCCCGCCCUGCCGCCCUGGGAGCUCCCCGACCGUCGCCGCGGGGCCCGGGACUCGCUCGAUCCUCCCUCCUUCCUACCCGGGCUAGGGCGGCGGCGGCAGCGGGGGCGGCAGAGACCAUCACUGGAGGAGGCAGCUGCGGCGGGGCCGGUAAUGGGCCUGGGGGUGCGGGGCGGAGGGUGCCGCCUCGUCCUUUCUCGGGAUCGGCCCUCGGGCGGCUGUGGAGGAGUGGUCAAGCCCAGAGCCGUGCAGAUGGAGGGAAUCCUAAUGCACCUGGCUAGCCGGUGGUGAGCUGGGGCUUUCGGGCCAACGUGGUGGGCUCCCCAAGGAAACCCCUUUGAAACCAAUGGAUGCAUUCACGGGCUCGGGUCUCAAGAGGAAGUUCGAUGAUGUGGAUGUGGGCUCAUCAGUUUCCAACUCAGAUGAUGAGAUCUCCAGCAGUGACAGUGCUGACAGCUGCGACAGCCUCAAUCCUCCUACAACUGCCAGCUUCACACCCACAUCCAUACUGAAGCGGCAGAAGCAGCUGCGGAGGAAGAAUGUACGCUUUGAUCAGGUGACUGUAUACUACUUUGCCCGGCGCCAGGGUUUCACUAGUGUGCCCAGCCAGGGUGGUAGCUCUCUGGGCAUGGCCCAGCGCCAUAACUCCGUACGCAGCUACACACUCUGUGAAUUUGCUCAAGAGCAGGAGGUGAACCAUCGAGAGAUUCUUCGUGAGCACCUGAAGGAAGAGAAACUCCAUGCCAAGAAAAUGAAGCUGACCAAGAACGGGACGGUGGAGUCUGUGGAGGCUGAUGGCCUGACACUGGAUGACGUUUCAGAUGAAGAUAUUGAUGUGGAAAACGUGGAGGUGGAUGAUUACUUCUUCCUGCAGCCUCUGCCUACCAAACGGCGACGGGCCCUGCUCAGGGCUUCUGGGGUCCACCGCAUCGACGCCGAAGAGAAGCAAGAACUUCGAGCCAUCCGCCUGUCGCGGGAAGAGUGUGGUUGUGACUGUCGACUGUAUUGUGACCCAGAAGCGUGUGCCUGUAGCCAGGCUGGGAUUAAAUGCCAGGUGGAUCGCAUGUCCUUUCCCUGUGGCUGCUCCCGGGAUGGCUGUGGCAACAUGGCUGGGCGCAUCGAGUUUAAUCCGAUCCGGGUCCGGACUCAUUACCUCCACACCAUAAUGAAGCUGGAGCUGGAGAGCAAGAGGCAGGUGAGCCGCCCGGCAGCUGCAGACGAGGAGCCCUCCCCCACCGCCAGCUGCAGCCUGACAGCACAGGGCUCUGAGACGCAGGACUUCCAGGAGUUCCUUGCUGAGAACGAGACGGCAGUGAUGCACCUGCAGAGUGCGGAGGAACUGGAGCGGCUGAAGGCAGAGGAAGACUCCAGCGGCUCUAGCGCCAGCCUGGACUCGAGCAUUGAGAGUCUGGGUGUGUGUAUCCUGGAGGAGCCCCUUGCUGUUCCCGAAGAGCUGUGCCCAGGCCUUACAGCCCCCAUUCUCAUCCAGGCUCAGCUGCCCCCAGGCUCCUCUGUCCUGUGUUUUGCCGAGAACUCAGACCACCCAACUGCCUCCACGGUGAACAACCCAUCCUACUUGAACAGUGGGCCCCUGGUCUAUUAUCAGGUGGAGCAGAGGCCGGUCUUGGGAGUGAAAGGAGAGCCUGGUACGGAGGAAGGCCCAGCCUCUUUCCCCAAGGAGAAGGAUCUGAGCGUCUUCUCUCUCCCUGUUACCUCACUGAUGGCCUGUAGCCCCACAGACCCAGCUCCCCUCUGUAAAUCAGAGAUGGGGAAAACAUCCACUCUGGAAGCGCUAUUGCCUGAAGAUUGUAACCCUGAGGAACCCGAGAAUGAAGACUUCCGCCCCUCUUGGUCCCCCUCAAAUAUCCCAUUCCGCACAGACAGCGAAGAGGGCUGUGGGGUGGAGAAGACCUCACAGCAGAGUGAGGAUCGGCCCUCCGAAGAUCCUUCCCUAGAAGUCCCUCUGGCAGUGUGACGUGGGGAUGGAGAUGCUGCCUCUCCCGUUCUCUAUUUAUUCCCUUAUUUUAUCUAACACCAUUUCAAAACAAAACUGUAGAAGCGGCUGCUGCUCCCAUGGUAUUUUUUUGAGGUCUUUGGGGAAUGGGUGGGAAAGGAGUGUUUGUACAAGUAUUUUUUAAAAGGGAAACAGUACCAAGGAGACCAGCCCCGGCUUGAUCCAGGGAUAGAGUCUUGGGGCAGAGGAGGCUGCCUGCGUAGUGCUGAAUACUGAACUUUCUGGGCCAUUGGAACAAAGAACUAGAUCUCACAGGAGAAGCUGGGUAAUUCAAGCAGCUCUUCUUUAUGUAGGGACCAGAAUGUGAGAAUUUAAACAGCAUGGCAAAGCCCCUUCUUUCCUGAGCUCCAGGUGGGGUACAAGCUCACUUUUCUCAGUGGUUACUCUAAUAUCCCAUUUUUGUGUGUCAUAAUACUACAGUUGACAGUGUCACCUGGUUGAAUCUAGAGGAGGGGGUGGAAGGGUCUCUGCUUCUGUACAAGACCUCCAGGAUUUAUAAAAAUUUAACCUGCCUUUUUCAGACCCCCCCGGUUUGGCAAAUAAGUUACUAUUUGACAUGUUAGGUGUUCUCUGACCUGUUCCCCACACUGGGGAUUCCUGGUCUGUAACUUGAAUUGUUUCUUUCACAUGUUCUUAGGUACUAGAGUUAAACUUGUCUAUUUGUCUCCCCGCCCCCCGCCCCCCAUCCUUUUUCCUUUGGAGAAAAAGAGCUAGAUUGUCUGGGGAUAUGGUAUACAGAGCUUGAGUCUUCCAUACGUGUCUGACGCUAGCUCUGUCUGGCAGCUCUAGGCUGGGGCUCGCCCAUCCCAUGGGAGGGCUAUGUGGAACGUUAACUGUGUCCAAAGGAGGCAGCGGGAACAGGCUGCUGUCUGCAAAGAUGACUUUAUUUGUGCCAUGCUUGCUUUUUCACCCAGGUUUUCUUCCCUCUUUGGGAGAUCUGAGCUUUAAUGGAAUGUAGGAUAUGGCACUCUAAGGUCACCAACUAGUUUCUGUUCUUUUUUUCUGUAUCUACCCUUGUAUUCAGGGUUAGAGAGUUCUUACAAGCCAGUGUAAGUUCAACUCCAAGAAUUGCAAAUGUCUGUUGGGCCCCUCCAUCUUGAUGAUAUAAAAAAAUUGGAAGCCAAAUUCUUAACGUUCCAAAGGAUUCCAGUUCUGAUUAUAACCUCUGAUGUCUAUAGAAUGGAACUCAAACUGAGUUAAAUUCAGUUCUUACCUCUAUCAGGGGAGAUACGGUUCCUGUUCCUUAUGUCCAGCUUAUUUUCCAAGAUCUGCUCCAUUCAACAACACUGAUUUUUUUUUUUAACUAGCAAAUUUAUCUCUGCCUCUGUGUUAAAAUGGAGGCAGUGAGGAACAAAACACUAUUCUCCAGCACCCUUUAUACCAUGCUUCACUUCCAGUAUGGCUUAUUAACCAGAAAAGAAAAAAGCGAAAAACUUUUGUGUGUGUGGGGAGAUAACUAUCUGUACUUAUCUUACUCAUAAAGCCUUUUCUUAUGGGCUGUGAAGGCCCUGGUGUCUUAAAGCAAUCUUCAUGUAUGUCACAGCAUUUUACCUAUAAAAUCGCUAAACUUAAACUGAGCCUGAAAGGCCUUGUGCUUAAUACAGAUACAUUUUUCAGCCCAUUCUGCCUUUCCUAUUCAUUCCUGUUUUUGUUUGGUUUUAUGUUUGAAGGGAAGUUCUUAAUUAAGUACAUAGGUCCUUAUCUCUCCCCAUGCCCUAGCCUCAUAAAACAGAGUUGAGAGUCGUAAGUCCCUGAGAUGUAGACAUUAUCCAGAACUCAGCUACACUCCCCUACUGGUAGGGGUACCCUCAAAUACAAGCACUGAAGCUUAAUUGGGACUUUAGCUCUAUGGCGAGAAGAAUCUUUGAAAGAUUGUGUCAGAAGGGAAGGAUGAGCUCGACAUAUUCCCUCCAAAGGAAGGCUCUAGCUUAAUCUAAGAAGUAGAUUCCAGCUGCUCAGUAAGGGACACAUUAGCCUUUGCGAUCAAACCAGGAAUAUCAAUCUGUAAUUAUUAAACUCAUUGCCAUGAGACAUUUGAUAUUCUGAAAAACUGUAAUUUCUUAAUCUAAGUCCAUCCCUUCAUUAACUCUGCAAUUCUGACUCACACCAAUCCUAAACUGUUGAAUGCUAAAUAUUAACAUUUAGCAUUAACUGUCUUGUCAAGCAAAGGGCCUCUCUAUAACCUAGUCCAUCUCAUUUCUGGUGCUACCUGAGUUGGACAGAAUUCUAGCUCAUGGUUGCUAGGAAAGCUAGGCCUCUGAUCACAGAAGCAGAUAGCUUCAGUUCCACUCAGUCUAGGCCUAGGUAAAAGGAAUGACUCUUAUUACUGCAAUUCUUAUUUUCCAAUAUUCUUUCUCACAUACUGUACACAAGUAGUAUUUUCAAUGUGAAUCCAAAGCUUGUCUGGUUCUCUGAAAACAUUUUUUUUUUUUUUUUUGCCCUUUAGGUUCUUUACAUUGUGAUAAUGCUGUAUUUAAAGAGAAUAUUUAAAUGUAAUAUUAAAGAAAUAUUCAAAAGAA